ACUUCUAAUGCAUUCGCACGACUUAAUAAUGACUAUACUAGUUUUCUUAGCUUCCGUUGGUUGUUCUCUUUCCUAUCUUGGGCUAAAAGCCAACAAUGGUCAGAACAUCGUCAGAUCCUGGAUGUCGUGGUCAACAAGUUUCGAAUCGAUCUGUGUCGACGCUGAGAAACAAUAUAUUUCACGCUCGCCUUAUCUGCCACCGAGUAUACGUAGAUCUGUCGCGACUCGAGAGGCACGCCCGGCCACAAGCAGCAACUCAGCAGAGACGGCGGGCACAUGCAUGACGAUGGUGGUGGACAGGCGGUACUGCGCGCCGUAUGAGACGGCGUUCACGAUGGCCAGGCCGAGGUUCAGGUCUACCACCGUCAGGGACGCCGGCGGCGCGGAUGUGAUGCAGGUGAAGCACACCAUGUUCAGCUACCUCGAACAGUCCGUCCUCCACGACACCGCGUCGCGCCGGCCGGUUCUCAACGUGCAGCAGUCGCCUCUGAAGGACACGAGCGGCACGAGGUGGGAGGCGUUCAGGGGCGAGAGCACGGACCGGAGGGAGCACCUGCUCUUCCGCGCGGUGAUGGCGUCGCCGUCUCUCCGGUUCAGCGCGACCAAGGUGCACGUGUUCCUCGCCGGCAACCGCCGGGAGCAGGCGCCUGACUUCGUCGUCGGCGGAAGCUUCUUCGGCGGCGAAUGCACUGUCUCCCGCGGUAACUCCCCCGUCGCCAUUGCUAUGAUCAGCCGUGAUAGCGGCGACGAGUGGGACGCAGGUAGAGGAAAGUACACAUAUACCGCUGAAAUCAAUCGAGGCGUAGACCACGCGUUCAUCCUGGCGCUCAUCGUGAUUCUCGACAAGAUGCAUAACUAUUCACCCCCAAGUAGGGCGUCGGAAGGUACACGGAGGUGCGACCGCUGCCGGAGCAGCUGCAGCUAACCACAAAAUAGCAGGUAGUGUUUGCGUUGUUUUACUCGUGGGCUGAUUCAUCUUAGCACGUGUAUGAACUGGUAAAUUAACAAUGAGCAAAACAUUGAUACUCUACUAGAAAAUUAAC